AUGUCAGAUCACGAGUCUAGACCAGGGUCUGCAGAUCUGGAUGUGGAUAUGAAAGACCAAACCGUCGUAGCUCAAUCCGAAGAGGAACACAUAGAUGAUGCUGGCUCAAAUGCUGAUGCAAGAGAGGCAAACUCAAGAUUGGAAGAGGAAGCUAAACAAUAUCUUGCAAGACAGACUAAACCUGUAAUUGUUCCAUCGUAUGCACAGUGGUUUGAUAUCAAUACCAUCCACGAUAUUGAAAAGAGAUCACUUCCCGAAUUCUUCCCUCCUUUAUCUGAUAAUUCCAAAUUGAAAAGUCCUGAGAUUUAUUUGGAGUUCAGAAAUUUCAUGAUCCACACCUAUAGAUUAAAUCCCAUUGAAUAUUUAACAGUGACAGCAGCCCGUAGGAACUUGGCUGGUGAUGUUGCAUCUAUCUCAAGAGUCCACGGUUUUUUGCAAACUUGGGGUUUAAUCAAUUAUCAAAUUGAUCCAAGAACAAAGUCGUCUCUGACUGGUCCUCAAUACACAGGUCAUUUUCAGAUCAGCGUUGACACGCCUAGGGGCCUGUCUCCUUUGAUUCCGAAGAACGCAACAGUCAUCAAAGGUAAAGAUACACCUUCAACUACACCAUCAGUCACUGAACCAAAGACACCUCAGGACUUGGAAGGUAAUGAAAUUCCGUAUAAUUUGGAAAUUCGUCGUAAUGUAUACGACUCCACACAAGAUGCUAUUACUUUAAAAGGUGAAGAUAAGUUUACUUCAACCGUGAUUGGUACCAAGUAUUUCUUUUGCAACAGUUGUGGUAAUGAUUCAACAACAACGCGUUAUCACAACCUCAAAGCCAAGAGCAAUAUUUGUUCCAAAUGUUUUGAACAGGGUCAAUUUCCUGCCAGUUUUCAAAGUUGUGACUUUGUCAAUCUUGAAAAAAUUGCUACUACUUCUGAUGCUUCUGCAUGGACGGAUCAAGAAGUCCUGUUGUUAUUGGAAGCUAUUGAACUAUACGAUGACGAUUGGAACAGAAUCUGUGGACAUGUUGGGUCUAGAACAAAAGAACAAUGUAUUUCCAAGUUUAUUCAGUUGCCAAUCGAGGACAGAUACUUAAAUCAACAGCUGCACAAGAAGAAACAGUUCUAUUCAGAGAAAUUAAUUGGUUCAAGUGAAGGAACCUUAAAAGGUCCAAGGGAGCCUGUGGUAGAGACGGUUUCAAACACCAUAGCACAUUUAAUCAAGACGGUGGAUCCUGAUCUAGCAGCAAACACUCUCUCAAAGGCAAUAUCUGGGAUAGACAAAGGUACUGAGGACGAGGAUAUUGCUAGAGCAGCCAAACUAGCUAUCGGCACUAUGGCUGGAGAGGCUUAUUUGAAACAGAAAGAAACCCUUUUGCAACAAGAAGGUCUAGUUAAACAAGUUGUUGAAUUAGAACUAAAAAAGAUUGAACUUAAGUUGAACAAAUUAUCAAUUGUGGAGAAAACUCUUGAUUUGGAGAAGAAGUCUCUUGCCAAACAGAAGAGCGAUCUCUUAAUAGACAGAAUAUCCUUGAGAAAACAGGUUUUGAAAGUCCAAUCUAAAUUGAAAAAGGCCUCGGAACUAGGUGCUACGGACGAAGGUCUACAAUUAUGUGAAGAGGCUCUAGUAGAGGCUUCAAGAGCCCCAAGAGUCGUAGUUGUAGGAAACAAUGUUACUGACAAUGAAAAACUUAAAGCAGAUGCUAAUAUUGGAAAUGGCGAUGUUGAUGUGAUUGACGAAAGCUCCCAACCAAUCAGCUUACAAUUCCCCCAGGUGUAUAAGUAUUGGAGUUUGUAG